AUCCAGGUUUUAUCAAGCUAUGGCUUACAGACAACUACUUUGACAACUAAAACAGAUGGCAAUGAUGGCAAGGCUGAACACCUAGAGUAUAUUGCCUUUGCGUUGGUUCCUGUUUUCUUCAUCAUGGGUCUCUUGGGGAUCCUCAUCUGUCAUGUGCUUAAGAAAAAAGGAUAUCGUUGUACAACAGAAGCUGAAGAACUAGAAGAAGAAAAACUUGAUGAAAAAAUAGAAAUGAAUGAAACUACACAUGAGAAUAGUGACACUGUGGGACAAAUUGUUAACUACAUUAUGAAAAAUGAAGCAAAUGCUGAUGUGUUAAAGGCCAUGGUAGCAGAUAGCAGUGUCUUUGAACCUGAAAGCCCUUUAUCUCCUACCUCUCCUGGGAGUCCAACAAGUCCAGGGUCUCCUUUGUCACCUGGUGCUGUUCCAUUUAAACACAACUGCAAAGGCCAUCACUUCCAUACUGUUGGAGGAGUAGUAGAAAAGGAUGUUUGUACUCGUUGUAGCCACAAACGAUGGCACCUUAUAAAGCCAGCUCACAAAUCUAAAGAGCACAGAAGAAGUCGUCUUGGAGAGGUUACAGUCCUUUCUGUGGGAAGAUUUAGAGUCACAAAAGUGGAGCACAAAUCAAAUUCCAAAGAACGGAAAAGCUUGAUGUCUGUUACUGGUGUGGAGAGUGUCAAUGGUGAUAUGCCUGCCACGCCUGUGAAACAGGAAGCGAGUGAAGCACCUGCCACACCUGUGAAACAGGAGAAGCAAGAGAGGAGAAGCUCAGAGUAGACUGCAGGU